CCAGCGUUGCGUUUCCUUCAUUUCUCUCAAGCUAGCGGCAGCCAUGAGCAUGCUCAGGCUGCAGAAGCGCUUGGCGUCCAGCGUCUUGCGCUGCGGUAAGAAGAAAGUGUGGCUUGACCCCAACGAGACCAAUGAGAUUGCCAAUGCAAACUCCCGCCAACAGAUCCGUAAGUUGGUGAAGGAUGGUUUGAUCAUCAAGAAACCUGUGACCGUUCAUUCCCGUGCACGGUGCCGCAAGAACACACUGGCUCGACGCAAGGGACGUCACAUGGGUUAUGGUAAAAGAAAAGGCACAGCUAAUGCUCGUAUGCCAGAGAAGUUGUUGUGGAUGCGGCGCAUGCGAAUCUUGCGGCGUCUGCUUCGUCGUUACAGGGAGUCCAAGAAAAUUGACAAGCACAUGUACCACAGUCUCUACUUGAAGGCCAAGGGUAAUGUCUUUAAAAACAAACGCAUCCUGAUGGAGCACAUCCACAAACUGAAGGCAGAAAAGGCUCGCAAGAAACUUUUGGCUGACCAGGCUGAAGCUCGCCGCACAAAGACAAAGGAGGCCCGCAAACGCAGAGAAGAGCGUCUCCUGGCUAAGAAAGAGGAAAUCAUGAAGAACUUGUCAAAGGAGGAGGAAACUUCAAAGAAAUGAAUCUGAAUGGGAUUUUGUUAAUAAUAAAUUGAUGUAAAGGAGA